AUGUCGGAGGGGUUGCCUGAUCCCUCCAAUUCGUAUCUGGAACCACCCAGCAAGACUACAGAGAUGGAAGACGCCGGAGCUGAGGGCAAUAAUGUUUCGAGCAGCGAAGAGGAUCACUUCUCAGACGCCAGUGAAGGCCAUACCGAUUCGCAACCACGCGGUCGCACUUCCCCUGUUCCACGAACUCGAGUGGAGCGGGUUGACAGCAGCGUCCAGCAUGGCGAAAUUCCUGGUACAUUGGCAUUUGAAAAGCGAGAUCAGGAUGCGGUUCCGGACGAGAUUGAAGUUGUCCCCGAAGGCUCGCACAGCAGAAGUCAUUCCCCGGCGGUGUCCUUGACCCCCGGAGAUUCGCCCAUACCACAGACAAUGGUUGAGAAGGUGGAUCCAAGCACACCCAGCUACGGGGAGGUCCCGGGAACAGAGGCCUUUGACAAACACCGGGCGGAUGCUGUGCCAGAUGUGAUCACGAAGACUUCGGAGCCCGGGGACAGCCCAACGCCACCAUCAUUGGACCCUAUAUCCCAAGACACCGGCUCUACGACCGCAACAGUUCCCGAAACUCGGCUGUCACAAGUGGAAUCUCUGUCCGCAGAGGAAGAGCUUUCUUCACAUCCACGAGCUCAUCGACGCUCGCCUAGUGACACGUUACCGGACACAGUGGAAACCAUCCCCGAUGCUUCAGUAUCAGAAAGCACCACACUUCCCACCCACACUCGCCAAAAAUCGACAUUGAUGGGCGGCACACAUAAUACUGACGGGGGAGAAGGGCAACCGCCCGCAGACGACUUUGACGAAUUUGUAGAAGAACAAGAUGACAUGGGCGAUGAUGAUUUUGGUAAUUUCGAUGAUGGUUUCCAAGAACCCAGUGCGGAGGUUGCUGAGGCAGCUCCCACGGAUGGAAGUAUAACACCUCAGCAUACUCACGCACCCUCUGCCCCUCCUCUCACCAAUUUUGACGCUUUCAAAACCACUUCCGAACUCCUCAGCGCUCUCCAGGGCUCCCUCGACAGUCUUCUUCCUGCCUCCCAAGACCUCGGUUCUUUGCCAGCUGUCGAACCCAUCCCUGACUCGGCCGCAAUCUUCAGCACCGAGCGUUCUCUCUCCCUCUGGUCCCAGCUCGUUGCGCCUCCGCCUCUCCAGCCCCAAAAUUGGGUUAAAUCUCGAAUCCGCCGGCUUUUCCUUGUAUCUCUGGGUGUUCCCGUUGACCUCGAUGAGAUCCUCCCUGCAUCGAAACAAAAGAAGCUCGUUCUGCCUUCGAUUGACUUGGAAGGCUCGGGAGCAACGACGCCAGGGGGUCGGUCCCGCAGCCAGUCCUGCAAGGAGGGUGAGGCCUCCCAGAAUGACCCUGACACUGCCGCCUCGAUAGGACAGGCCUCCACUCGACAGAAAACCACUUCUCGCCGCGGCGCGCCUCCACCGCCGGACAUGGAUCUUUCUGCAGUGCGGCGCUUGUGCGCGACCACCGAUGCCGCGCUUAGCGGCCUGACGGAUGCCGAGCUGAAGCGGCACGUCCAUGAUUUGGAGCAGGUCGCGCGACGCGCCAGCGAGCUUCUAGAGUAUUGGCUCAAGCGACGAGAUGGCCUGGUAAGCGAGAAGGAGGCUUUUGAGGGCGUCAUUGAGAAUCUUGUCAGUCAUGUUCGCAGAGUCAGGAAGUAG